AUGCCGUCUGCCUCUCGCCCGGUGAAGCUGGCAUGCCUGGCCUGCCGGGCUUCGAAGACCCGCUGCGACGGACAAAGGCCGUGUGUCAGUUGCUCCACACGUGGAGAAGAGUGUCAAUAUCAACCUAGUCAACGAGGUGGCGCUCGACGGGGUCCUAUGGCCGCCGCGGAGCUGGCAAGGAGAAGGGCUCAACGCCUGGCAAACAGAGCACGUAUCGAGAAUCAUAGCCACUCAAAAGACUCCGAGCCUCAUUGCCAGGACUAUCAUUCCCAUUCACAUCCCAGUGCAAUCGUGCCAUUUUCACCGUCCUCACUGUCCUCGAUUGAUCUGACUUAUCAUCUGCCUGCGCCAUCCCUAGAGAGCCUCAGCAUAGGGCUCCCCUCGCCUAGAGUAACGGAGGAGCUCCUGGCGGCUGUGGAGCUUCCUGCGUGGAGCAUUAGAGCUUAUCGUUGUGAUCAGGAUCUGCUCAACGCGUAUUACAUCUUCAUACACCCAUACUUCCCAUUUCUGCCACCUCCAGCGGUUUCCCAAUAUGAGGAUAAGUGCGUCGCCCUCGACAUUUCUUCGUCCUAUGCAAAUGCUUCAACCCUUCCCUACUGGCCCACCUCGCCGCUGGCUCUCGCCAUGGCGGCGAUACUGGUCUUAAUCCCUCCGCCAGGAAGACCACGCGCAGCAGAAGAUGAGGCUGUCAUGUUGCGGCGUUCUUAUGCUGAUCUCUAUGCACGCUCUGCACUGGAAUUGGUGGAUGAUUCCCUCGAGAAUUCAUCUCGGGUCACAUUAGCUGGGGUUUCGCGAAAUGGCCUGCAUCCAACAGUUCCUCCAAGGAUCGAGCCAGUCCUCGCAUUGGGACUACUAAGCCUGUAUGAAUACUCACAACGCGGGAGUACUUCCAAAAUGCGCGCUCGGGCAAACCAGGCGCUGACCCUUGCGAUGGACCUAUCUGUACAUACGGAAAAUGUACAGACAAGGUGUCUAGAUGCACAUCGGCGGUGCUGGUGGGCGACGGUUUUUCUGGUCUACCUCUCAUCGAUUCUUAAUGCAUCGCCUCCGCUUAUUACUUUCGAUGACCUUCGAAUCACAACCAUUUAUCCCGAGUUUCGUGGCUGCCGUGAGCCAUGGCCACUCUUCAUGAACGCACAAGUGGCUCUCUUCCGCAGCUGCUCCCUAGGACGCCAACUCGUCGGCGCAAACGCCAGCAAUGACAGCACAGGGCUGCCCCGGUCCCUAGGCGAAGAUAUCAAACGCCUCGACUCCUUUAUCCUCGAACUUGCUGCGGAGGCGGACCGGUUCCGCUGUGUGACCAACUACCAGGGUUCCGAGGCCGACGCCUCGCGCAACCUCUGGGCCAUUUCUAAAGCGCUCAUUUACACCUCCCGCCUGACCCUCCAUCGUCUGCGCGCAUUCCUGGACAGUCCAGCUUUUCCAGACGAGCGUCACGACUUCCUCCUUGCCGGCGACACGAUCCAGACCAACCCUUCCUCCCCUUCCAGAACAACCCGCCCAUUCCACCUCUCCCCGAACCUAGCAGAGCAAAUUACCGCGGUAUUCCCCUUCACGGGGCAAGAAUCCGUCAGGUUCUGCCUGCAGUCGGCCUUAGCCAUAGCCAGAGUAUUCCGCCGGCUUCCCUCGCCCAACCCGAUGUAUUCCGACGAGGCGGACGACUCGGGGAGUACUGGGUCUAAAAUGUCGAGGCGACGGCUGGUGGGCUCGCCCCGUUCCAUUCCCUAUAUGGCCAGCUGCCAGUUGCAGAGCUUUUACACCUUGGCCAUGUUGCUGCAGCGGGUCCGAACGGCCUUGUCCUUGGGCAAUCUGGGUAGCUAUGCCUACCUCCUGAGUCAACCAAGUGCCACGACCGAGAUGCAGGACAUGGAGCGGCUGGUGGAGGAACUGCAAUGUGGAAUGGAUGCCCUAGCGAGGUCCCUGCAGGCGGACGCCGUCUUUGAGGGGGUGGCGUUGAUGGCCAAGGCGGCGGAGAAAGCGUAUGAAGCUACC